AAUAAGGUGCAUGUGUGGAAGAGUAAAUGUUUGUUCUCCCAGUUGAGCGACUCACGCUCUAAUCUUAGCCGAGUGUUGCCCGAGUCAGGAAACACACAAUUUCCUGGGGAAACAAAGUUGUUGUUAUACCAUUCUGGCCCACAGGUGUUCCAGUGCUCACUGACUGUCUCGUGCAAGCGGAGGGGAAAGAGAACAUUUACCGAUGCCAAUCUCUCACCGCCACAUACACACACAAGUGCUCUUUGUAAUGUCAGUGCAUUUUCAAAAGGGCAUCAGGGUGCCAUAUCACUGAUUCUAUUCCCAAUUGGCAUGCAACAGCAGUUUGCACUGACUAAUGUACCGUAUGCACAAUCAAUGAGACUUUGUCUCAUCUUUUUCUUUUUUUGCGAUAUUGAAUCACAACCUCAUUUGGCAUCUGCAGCUGUGGAUUUGGAGCAGUCAACAAGGAUCGCAGGACUAAUGUGUUACAUGUGUCAGGAUGACCACCAGUCUACUGAAUGCAACCACAGCAUUUAGGAAAAGUCCACAUGAUUCAGAAUAGCGAGUGGUUUCACUAAAUGUAGAUGAUGGUUGCUUUUCAACACAUUGUUUGACAGUUUAUCGUGUACACAUGCUUAUAUUACUUCAAACCUGUGGUUGGGAUCAAAAUGAGACCACAGACUAAACAUUCUUCAUUAAAUCCAGAUCGUUCUGGGUCUAGAAAACCUACAGACUAUACAUUUGCGGUGAGAGUCAACUCAGUUAUAGAUUCGCCUUCGAACUACAUUUCCCAUCAUACAACUGGGCUAUCGCGCACGCUCAGAUUGGUUUAUUUAGUAUACAGACGACCGGAAGCUCCACUCCGAAAUUGACCGAACGGGAUAGUUCUUGGUGUGAUGGAGAGGUGAUGUGUCAGUCAGAGGCGUGAAAGGCUCAGAGCAGCCAUGACCGAGUGCUUCCUGCCCCCCAGCAGCAGCCCUGCAGAGCAGCGCAGGGCUGAACACCCAGGGGGCGUGGCCCGCACCCCCAGCUCUGAGGAGAUCAGUCCCACCAAGUUUCCCGGAUUGUACCGCACUGGCGAGCCAUCGCCGCCUCACGAUGGCCAUCACCACGAGACACCUGAUGCCUAUGCGUCAGACGACGACAAAGAGCACGGCAAGAAGAAGAACAAGUUCAAGAAGAAGGAGAAAAGGACGGAAGGCUACGCCGCCUUCCAGGAGGACAGUUCGGCGGAUGAAGCGGAGAGCCCGUCCAAGAUGAAGCGCUCCAAGGGAAUCCAUGUGUUCAAGAAGCCCAGCUUCUCCAAGAAGAAGGAGAAGGACUUCAAGGUGAAGGAGAAAGAGAAGGAGAAGGAGAAGGGGCCCAAGGAGGAGAAGGCCAAGGAUAAAAAAUCGAAGGACCUGACGGCUGCAGACGUGGUUAAACAAUGGAAGGAGAAGAAGAAGAAGAAGAAACCCACCACCGAGGCAGAGCCAGUCCCGGUGGAGGUCCCCACCUUCAGGCCCAUCUUUGGAGCACCUCUGACUGAAGCUGUCAAGCGGACAGCUCUGUAUGACGGCAUCCAGCUGCCCUCCGUCUUCAGAGAGUGCGUGGACUACAUUGAAAGUUACGGCAUGAAGUGUGAAGGCAUCUAUCGGGUCUCAGGUAUGAAGUCCAAAGUCGAUGAAUUGAAAGCAGCGUAUGACCGUGAGGAGUGCCCCUGCCUGGAGGAGUAUGACCCCCACACGGUGGCCAGCCUCCUGAAGCAGUACCUCCGCGAGCUGCCCGAUAACCUGCUGGGACGAGACGUGGCCCAGCGCUUCGAGGACGCCUGCGGUCGGCAGGUGGAGGCUGAGAAGAUGGCGGAGUUCCAGAGGCUGCUGGCCGAGGUGUCGCCGAAGAGCCGACUGCUUCUCUCCUGGGUCGUCACGCACAUGGACCACGUCAUCGCCAGGGAGAUAGACACCAAGAUGAAUAUUCAAAAUAUCUCCAUCGUCCUGAACCCAACCAUACAGAUCGGGAACCGUGUUCUUUAUACGUUCUUCACACACGUGAGGGAGCUCUUUGGAAACGUGAUCCUGAAGCCGGUGGUGCGGCCACUCCGCUGGUCCAACAUGGCGACCAUGCCGGCGCUGCCCGAGACUCAAGAGAGCGUCAAAGAGGAGAUCCGACGACAGGAGUUCCUGCUGAACUGCCUGCACAGGGAGCUGCAGGCGGGGGUGAAGGACUUAUCUAAAGAGGAGCGCCUCUGGGAGGUGCAGAGAAUCUUGACUGCUUUAAAACGCAAACUGAGGGAAGCCAAACGUCAGGACUGUGAGAGUAAGAUCGCCCAGGAGAUUGCGAGCCUCUCGAAGGAAGAUGUUUCAAAGGAGGAAAUGACUGAGAAUGAAGAGGAAGUCAUCAACCUCCUCUUAGCACAGGAAAAUGAGAUCCUCACCGAGCAGGAGGAGCUGAUCUCUCUGGAGCAGGUGCUUCGCAGACAGAUCGCCACCGAGAGGGAAGAAAUCGAGAGACUGCGAGCCGAGAUCGCAGACAUCCAGAGUCGGCAGCAGGGGCGCAGUGAGACGGAGGAGUAUUCAUCAGACAGUGAGAGUGAGAGUGAAGAUGAGGAAGAGCUGCAGAUGAUUCUGGAAGACCUGCAGAAGCAAAACGAGGAACUGGAGAACAAAAACACCCAUCUGAACCAGGCCAUUCACGAGGAGCAGGAAGCCAUCUUGGAGCUCCGUGUCCAGCUCCGCCUCAUGCAGAGCCACAAGCUGCAGCAGGAACUGACCGUCCAGCCGCCGGCCGAGCAGGCCCCCCCGCCGGCGCAGCCGAGCCCGGAGCCCCGCACCGAGGAGCAAACCAAGCGCUCCGUUGCCACGGUGGCCGCCGCUGCAGAUACCUCUGCCUCGUCCAAUGGCAAGGCAGCGAAGGAUCCCUCGAAGCCCUCGCCGAACAAAGACAAGAGGGACACCAACAUGUGAGACGGGGGCUCCGUGCGUCUCUACCGCUGGUCAGUUGUCCUCUAGUGGCUCUCAUCGUCCGCUGGACACCUCAAACUAAAUCGCCGUAGCGGACAACUGGCCACCGACUGCCGCGAGAGACGAGGCGGCUCAGAGAAUACGACCCACAGCCUGUAUGAAGGAAGAAGGGGAGAAAUGAAGGGAUUCAUAAAGCAAGGAAGGGGAAGGGGUAGAGUUUUAAAAAAGAAAAGUGAAAGUCAGGCACCUUCCCAGGAUAUGACAAAGUUUUAUUUUUGUCUGGUAAGGUUCAUAAACGAUGAACAUAGACCGGAAAUAAUCUCAGUCCCUGUUUUUCCACGAUGUCCCUCACUCAGAUGCAAAUUGGACAUUUAGGAUAGAGACCACUGUGCCAUAACCGAAGAUGCCAGACUGGCCCUGAGAACCACUAAUACAAAAACUCUUUGAAUAAUGAAGAAUUUAGGAUCGGUCUAUCUAUAUAUUAUAUAUUUAAGGAGUAUUCUAAAGAAUACGGAUGACUAUUCAAGAAAUGCAUUGAUUUUAAGUUACAGCGUUUUAGUAAUAUAUAAAUAUAUACGUAUAAAUAUAUUGUAGGCGGGAAAAUGAUGUUUCUCCAGUCUGAUGAUGGAUUCACAUCCGGAGUGAUGAUUGUUGUCGCCAAAAUAUGUGCGCAGAGACACGCGGGAGGCCUAUCUAGUUUUGUUGUGUAUCUGAUCGUGUGUUUUUUUUAAAGGUUAGGUUCUUGAUAUGUGGAGUUAUUGUUUGUGGCAUCAGUUGGAAGUGAGUAAAACAAUAACAAAAACUCCAGAUUACAAGUCAAUCAUUCCAUUUCACAGCUGAUCCGUGACGAUUGCAAAGUGCCGUCGGUGUUCAGUGAUAUUUAAAGAAAAGGCAUGGCCUGCACUUACUUAACGAUUGUGUACAUCAUUGAAAAAUUGCAAAUAUACUGUAUUUUCAGCUUUUAUGUUCUGUCAUAUGUUCCUUUUUUAUUAUUAAUGACCUGUAUGUAUUGCGCUAGUGUGACUGCCCAUUCUUUGGUCGUGGGAUAAUCAAAGCAAUCUCACCUGGAUUUAUGAUUCAAUGUGUUAAUAAUCCUGUGACUGAAACAGAUAAAUGCGAGAUGGGCUCAGAAGCUUCUCAUGAGGUUAUUUUCAUAUUGUUCUCAGCUUUCAUAGCUAAUUAUUGCAGUCAGAAUAAUGCUGUGAAGAAUAAAGUGUCGAUCCGAAUAAUA